UUCGGCCAAACUUUCUGCUCGGCUCGCAUCAAAGGCUGCCCUCUUGUGAAUAGCCAGCUCUCACCUAAUGAUCUCCCUACUCACUCCUGACCAGGACGCAGGUCAUUCCCCAUAAUAAUUAGCUCCCAGACAGAGUUUCCAGGCGCUUCCAGGAGCAUCAAUCACCGGAUGAAUGAGAAGCCCGUGUGUGGGAACUGCAGGGGGAGCUGGGCGCAGAGCCACCCCAGCCCUGUCACCCCGUGGCUGUCCCGGCCGCGUUUCCUUGCCCCUCCCUCCAGUUUUGAGGGACAGGACGAGUUGGGCCAGUUACCAGGUGAGUGAAGAAGGCUGCCGAAGCACGAGCCUGCACACCCCACCCACGAGAGCCCGGCUGAGCGUCUGUUUCCCUUGGGACAGGACCUUGUCGCCUGGCUCUGAUGGUGACUUGGUUCCCAGCUAGGGCUUUGUGUUUACCAUGAGCGUUGUCUGCUAUCGGGGAGCUGCGGGGAGCUUGAGUGUGUUUCACGACAAACCGGGAGCCUGGGAGACCACCCUGAGAGGCUGCCCCUUCCCUCAGCGCUUUCGGCCUGAAUCGCUGACGUCGGGCGGUGCCUUGGCUCGUCUGUGGUGUGAGGCGCUGGUCCAGGCUUACACACUAACAGUGCAUGAGGAGGAGAAAACGCUCUGCGGGUGCAGCAGAAGGUCAAGAUGGAGCCUGGUUUGCUCUUAGAACCUUCCCCAAGGCCCAUGCGCUUCCUCUUCCUUCCUGACCAGGGGCUUUGAUGCCCCUGCCCUGGGCUGCCUGGUUCCUGCCCCUGAGUCUUCAGAAGGAGCCCCAGGCCUGGAGACGUGAGUUCUGGUUCGGGUGCCUUGCGUGGCCUGUGGAUCCUGGGCCUGGUCUCUGUCCCCAGGCCCGUGUUCAGGGACCGCCCUCAGCACCAAAGGCAGCCCAGUCCGGCCUUAACUCAGCUCCCAGGGCGGAGGCCCAUGCCCAGCACUGGGCAGGAGGAGGGCAUCCUCAGGGCAAGGGUCUGCUAUCAGGGGGCUCUGGGCCGCAACUCCUGGGCACUUCCAGAUUCCUGCAGCGCAGAGAAGUUUUCCUGGGGGAAGGGAGCAAGCACCCUGAGGCUGCAGAGACCGGCUGCGAACACCCAAUCUACAGCAGCCCAGGACUGUGCUGCCCCCUGGUGGCGACAGAUUUUACUACACACGGCCCACACGUGAAAGGAGUUUCUCUUCAGUGGCCCAGUUGCCUUCUGUCGUGCAGGAGGAACUCCCGAGCCACGGAGAUUCGGAAAGGAUCGAAUAAGGGCAAUAAAAUCACAGCUCUAAAUCUUUUCAUGAAGUUGAAGGCAGACGUUUUACUGUGGGAGCCAUCUCAUCUUUAUCUACCUGAGUCCAAGCUGGUAAAGAGGCCAAGAAUUCCCAAGCUUUCCCAGGCAAGCGGGGAAGAACACUGGGAUGCCUUUUCCUCCUCUUCUGUCCAUCUGCAGGCCAAGUGUGCAUCAGUCACAGGCAAACUCUGAAUCGAGCUUUGUGCAAGCCUUUGGAAAGAGACCCAAGAUCCUGUGAUGAGCAAAAGUGACAGUGCUGGUGGCAGUGACAUCUGCAGAGCCAGCCCCAUCCCUAUCUGCAGCAGAAUACGCAGGGGCAUCCUUUAUGCAAACAAUCCCCCUGGGGUAGAAUGGGGCUUUUGACAUCAGCUGAGGCCCAGGCUGCCUUACAAUGAGGGGCCUGUUGGUCAAAGGAAGGACUGUUUAAUGAACUGAGAACCUGAGGCCAGCUCUGGCCAUCUGCACUUAGAAUCAUUAGAGCAACUCUACUGUAACUGGAAACAUUGAAUAAUGCAACAAAUUCAUAUUUCAAAAUUGGAACUUUAAAAUUUUGUGUUUGUGUCUAUGAUGAAAAACAUUAUAUAUACAUUUGAUACCACCAUUUUAUCAGUAAAGAAGCCUGAAAAAUA